UAGAUGUUUCAAUUUCUUUGAUGUGGACCCUUUGGCCCCACAUCAACAGUGUAAUCAAAUUAGUGUUAGACAUCUAAUUUCUUUGUCAUUUUCAGAUAACAACAAGGAUGUGACUACAAAUAAUUUCAAUUUCAAUUUGAUCACAUAAAAAAAAAACUAGCAAUAAAAUAUAACAUAAGAGGAAUGGAUGAAAAGGCUCCAUCAACGGCUACUUUUCAAGAUCUCACUGGCUAAAUCAAAAAUCAAACAGAUUAGGGUUGGAAGGAGACAUUUCAUCUUUCAUUUCCCUAUCAAAACAGAGCAGAACACACCCCACCAACACUUCUUGAAUCAUUCUAAACGUAAGCAAACAACACCAAACUUCCAGUUUCUCUGCUUUUUUACCCUUUUUCUUCAAGUACAUUCUUCUUCUUCUACCUCAAAAAAGUUGGUGAAGGAGUAGUGUUGUUGUUGAGUAUUGUCCAUUUAUCCUCCAAACCUACCUUCAGUUGCUCUCUGUACAUACCCUUGAUAUACAAUCACAAAAUCUCUGUUUCUGUUUACUCUACUUUAUCAUCUUUUCACAAUUUCUUCCAUGUUUUUGCUAGAAACAGGAAUUUCAAGGGCAGCGCAAUCAGGGUAAUCUAUGGCUUCAAAGCUCAAUCUCUUACCGUCAUAGUGUCGAUUAUAAUCUGCCAUUAUGCCUUUUGGGUUGGUUUCGGCAUGGAACAAGCGCCGGAGAAGCAAGUCCCAGGAUCACACAGAUCCUUGGGUCUAUAAACCUGUAGAACACUGGAAACUUGAAGAUCAAACAUCCCAACCGAUAAAACGACGUCGUGGAUCAUCAGUUUUUACAUUAAAGGAAAUGGAAGAGGCGACAUGCUUUUUCAGCGAGGAAAACUUGCUUGGGAAAGGAGGGUUUGGCAAAGUUUACAGGGGCACUUUGCGGUCUGGCGAGGUUGUUGCCAUUAAGAAAAUGGAGCUGCCACCUUUUAAAGAAGCUGAAGGGGAACUCGAAUUCCGUGUAGAAGUUGAUAUCUUGAGCAGGCUCGACCAUCCAAAUCUGGUUUCUUUGAUAGGCUAUUGUGCUGAUGGGAAGCACCGGUUUCUAGUCUACGAAUACAUGAGGAAUGGGAACCUGCAAGACCAUUUGAAUGGACUUGUGGAAACCAGAAUGGAUUGGCCUUUGAGGCUCAAAGUGGCACUAGGAGCAGCAAAGGGACUUGCUUUUCUCCAUUCAAGUUCUGAUGUUGGGAUUCCAAUUGUACACAGGGACUUCAAAUCCACUAACAUUCUUCUAGAUGCCAACUUUGAAGCAAAGAUUUCUGAUUUUGGACUCGCCAAGUUGAUGCCAGAGGGCCAGGAGACGUAUAUAACAGCUAGGGUUCUUGGUACUUUCGGCUAUUUUGAUCCUGAGUACACAUCGACCGGGAAGCUGACCUUACAAAGUGAUGUUUAUGCAUUUGGAGUUGUUCUUCUUGAGCUCCUAACAGGACGUAGAGCCGUGGAAAUAAACCAGGGGCCAAUAGACCAAAACCUUGUACUUCAGGUUAGACAUUUAUUGAACGGUCAGAAGAAGUUGCGUAAGGUGAUAGAUCCAGAGCUGAGUCGUUGUUCAUACACCAUUGAAUCUAUAGUGAUGUUUGCAAACCUAGCAUCAAGAUGUGUCCGUGUUGAGAGCAGUGAAAGACCCUCAAUGGCAGAAUGUGUAAAAGAGCUCCAUAUCAUUAUCUAUACGAACUCAAAAGGCAUAAGCAUGCCAAUGCAUAAAUUAAGGAUGGUCUGAUAAACCUCAUGAUUUUAAGCAUAAGGAAACUUUUUCAUAUUA